AUGAGGGGAUUCACUGUGCUGAUUGUGGCGUUUUGUGCGUGUGUCUUUAGAACAACGAUCGCUCAGGAAAUCCCACUGGAGUGUGGUGAACGCAAGGUGAAGACCGUGUACCUGGUGCAGCAUGGGAUGGAAACGAAGGAAGGCCAUUGGCCGUGGCAUACCGCCAUCUAUCACCGGGAGGGGCAAGAUUUCGAAUACGCUUGCGGUGGUUCGAUUAUCGAUCGAAACACUAUUCUGACCGCGGCUCACUGUCUGUACACGUCCCGCGGCCGGAUCGAGCUGACCCAGCUGUCCGUACAAGUGGGGCGUAAUCAGCUGUCGGAAGCGAGCACACGCUCGCAGGAACAUCAGGCAGAGCAGCUCAUCGUACAUCCGGGCUACAACCCGCACAGUGUCGCGGACGAUAUAGCGCUGAUCAAGCUGGCUACCGAUAUCACACUGACGCGAUACAUCCAACCGGUCUGCCUGUGGAACAUGGAACCAAACCUGGACCUGAUCGUGGCCAAGAACGGUACGGUGGUGGGCUUCGGACUGACGGAGCACGAUCGCGUGUCGGACUAUCUGCGGCAGGCUACGAUCGAGGUGGUUGAUUCCUGGACGUGCAUCGAGAGCGAUCGGGUCGCGUACGGUUCCACACUGACCGCGGGUAUGUUUUGCGGUGGUGGCAAGGCGGGCGUUAGUGUGUGUAACGGGGACAGUGGUGGUGGUAUGUUUUUCGAAUUUUCCGACAACUGGUACAUCCGGGGCGUGGUUUCGUUUAUGCCGUUGCGCGAAAACAGCGGCCUGUGCGAUGGUACCAAGUACACGGUGUUUACCGAUGUGGCCAAGUAUCGUGACUGGAUCGCACAGUUCAUCAACCCAACGCUAGCGUCCGCCCGUGAAGAUCCGCUCCUGGUGGACAGCAGUCCGAAGUUGCGGUUGCUUAACUUUAAUACCUGCGGCAUCAGCCCGUACACGACCGGGGCGAACGAUAGCUUCUUCGCCUAUCCGUGGAUCGGAAUGGUGGAGGUGACCGUUCAGGGCAAAACGAUGCCAUUUUGUCAGGUCACGUUAAUUAGCGAGUGGUACGCCGUGGGACCGGCACAUUGUUUCGCUAAUGAUAGGAGGGAACGAACCAUCCGGUUCGGCGAUUACGACAGGUCAACGGAAACGGACUGCAUUGAUCGGAACGGCACUGCCGUUUGUGCGCCACCGGUGCAGAUACUGCCGAUCGAAAGAAUCAUAAUACGUCCGGAUUACAACCAAAUCGCAUUCACCGACGAUAUCGCGCUGAUUGAAUUUCACCGACCGGCCAAUAUUAGCCAGCCGAAUGUGAGACCGAUUUGUUUACCGGUUACGGUCCCGUUGCGUAGCUACAAACCGACCACCUUCGCGCUGGGUGGAUUCCUUACUGGUGGCGAUCAAAUCGUUAGCAGCCGUCCGACCUAUCUCAACUCGGUCAACUGUCAGGAGCGCUACAAUGCUCUCAAUUAUCCGCUGCGCAAAAGUCACACACAAAUCUGUGUCCUAGGGUUACCGGCCAAUUUUACCGGACCGUGCGAACGGAUGGUUUCCGGUGCAACACUGCAAACGGUUCAAACGUUCGGCCGACGGGAACGAUACUUUUUGCAGGGAUUGCUUUCGUUCGGUGCACGUGAGUGUAACGCAACGGUGCCCGAUAUCUACACCAAUGUGGCCGUUUACCUCGACUGGAUACUGUACAACAUGCGCGACAUUAGACUGAGCGGUCCCGAUACAAGCGAGCAGCUCAUCUUCACAUCGUAA